AUAUGAGUCAGUGACUAUACUUUAGUUCAUGGGGGCCAUUCCAGAAAUCGCAACUAGUAUGUGGCCCACUUAUGAUGAAACUGCUUGCCAUCCCUUAUGGUAGGCGUUGACGCUAAAUACGGAUUCAGUAUCAUAAGUAGAACAACACGAUUGUGAUAAAUACAUUUUAAAAUAGUCUUAUUUCAACAUCAUCGCUUGUAAAAAUGAUAGUUGAGUCUUAGAGCUACCAAAUGUGUCCAGUGCUUUACUAACAUAAGCUGUCGAUCUAAUUAGUACUCGUGUUUCUAGUAUGAAAGCUUCCUUUAAUGCGAACAAGGGGAAUUGCCAACGUAUAAAUUCACAUCACCCAAAGGAGAACAACUUCAGCACAAGUUGUUCCUGUUACUACAAACAAAGGUAAAUAUGUUUAUACAGGGCAUGGGAGAAGGGCUGCUGAGUGACGUUUCUGGUGCACAAUUGGGUCAGCUGUCCUCUCUCAGGUCCGCAGUGCUGUUUCAUAAUAAGGGUCUCUUCAGUAGGUUGAAGGUAAUCUGUGUUUUCGCUGACGUGAUACAAUGUCUGGCAGAGGCAAGGGAGGCAAAGGAUUGGGUAAAGGCGGUGCAAAGCGUCACCGUAAGGUUCUUCGUGACAACAUUCAGGGCAUCACUAAGCCAGCUAUCCGCCGUCUGGCUCGCCGUGGUGGGGUGAAGCGUAUCUCCGGUCUCAUCUACGAGGAGACUCGCGGUGUCCUCAAGGUCUUCCUUGAAAACGUCAUCCGCGACGCCGUAACCUACACGGAACAUGCCAAGAGGAAGACGGUGACCGCUAUGGAUGUCGUGUAUGCGCUCAAGAGACAGGGACGCACUCUCUACGGCUUCGGCGGUUGAGUUUUCCAUCCGGCGCCGAAACAACACAAAGGUCCUUUUAAGGGCCACACACCAACUCAAAAAGAGCUCUAAG